CGCGACUUGUAAACAAUGACGUCGCAUUAUCUCCUGUCUGCGUGCAGGUUUUGCCCCGAUGUGUGUGAAGAAUGCCUGACAGCUCGGCUUUUCACAAUAAAGCUCACAGCGAGCAGAGUCGCUCCCUUUUUCUGUUUUCCUCUGUUUUUCCUGUUUUGCAUCAGACCAAAACAAGACAGACCUGCUCUUGUGUGCAUCCCCCAUGCAACUGUUUGCUCUUCACAUGCACGAGUCCAAGCUAAGAAGAAGAACAAGAAGGGGAAGACCCUCACCCUGACUGACUUCCUGGCAGAAGACAAGGGAACCAGCAACGCGCCCCCCAGCUACCCAGUGAAGUCCACCAGCUGGGCCGACGAAACCGACGACCUCGACGGAGAUGUCUCGACCUCGUGGCACACGGAGGAGGGCAUCGACCGCUCCGCCCUGCCCACAGCGCCGCGCUCGGCCCGCGAGCCCGACGUGGACCGGUCCCGGCUGCCCCGCAGCCCGCCGUACACGGCCUUCCUGGGCAACCUGCCCUAUGACGUCACCGAGGACUCCAUCAAAGACUUCUUCCGCGGCUUGGCAAUCAGUGCGGUGCGUCUGCCUCGAGAGCCCAGCAACCCAGAGAGGCUGAAGGGCUUCGGUUACGCCGAAUUCGAUGACGUGGACUCCCUGCUGAGGGCCCUGAGUCUCAACGAGGAGAACCUGGGGAACCGAAGGAUCCGUGUAGAUAUCGCAGACCAGUCGAACGAUAAAGAGAGAGACAAUGGCUCCAUGGGAGGCCGGGACCGGGGUGGACGGAUGUCGGACCUGGGCCCCGACAAGACGGACACCGACUGGAGGGCUCGACCCAGCUCUGAUGCCGACGACGGACCUCCCAAGAGAGAGGAGGCCUUUGGAGAGAGAUCACGGGAUCGCUUCGAGUCGGACCGCUUCAAAGACGGACCGCGGCGGGACAACGACCGCUUUGAUUCGGGAAGAGACCGAGACCGCUUCCGGGACCGCUACGACGACCGGGACCGCAGAGACUUCGAUCGAGGAGGUUUCGACUCCGGGGCGGGCGGCGCGGGAGGUCGCCGCGCCUUCGGCACCGGCUACCGCCGCGAUUACGACGACACUCGAAGCGGCGGAGACCGUUACGGCGGGGACCGCGGCGGCGAUCGUUACGGCGGAGACCGCGAGGAGCGGUACGAGAAGAGGGAGGACAGGAACGACGCGUCUUCUGUGCAGAGACCCAAGCUGGUGCUCAAGCCCCGUAGCAUGCCCAAGGACGAGGAAGGUAGCAGAGGAGGAGGAGGAGGAGGAGGUGGUGGUGGUGCUCCCCCCCAAGCCGCACCUCCGACCUCCGGCAGCAGGACUUCAUCCAUCUUCGGUAACGCCAAGCCGGUGGACACGGCGGCCAAGGAGAGGGAGGUGGAGGAGCGGCUGAAGAAGGAGGAGGAGCGGCUGCAGAGGCAGCUGGAGGACGACAAAGGCCGGGGACCCGACAGAAAGAUGAGAGACAGGGACCCGAGCUGGCGCACUGAAGAGCCUCAGACUCAGCGCUCUCGCACAGGAAGUGAGUCUUCACAGCAUGACGGUACUUCUGGAAGAGGCUCCCGGUGUCGAGAUACUGAGCGAUCUGGAGAGAACGAGGUUUUCAGUGGGAGAGAAGGGGAGCCCUCCUCCCCCGGGACCUCACCGCUGCCCCCCCCGCCCGCCACCAGCUGCCCCAAGGAGCUGCUGAAGGUGGUGCUUGCACCUCCUCCGAAGGAGAACGUCUGGGCCAAGAGGAGCGCGGCCAGCACGGGUUCCAGCGAGGGAGGAGACGGGCGGCCCCCGGCCUCCCCCGUCUCCCCGGGGGAUUCAGCUCCUCCCAAGCUCAGCGCCCCGAGUUCUGCAGAUGAAGGUGAAUCUGGAAAAGAAAGGACAACAGACGAGACUCCAGACCAGAGCCCAAGAGAUAUGACGCGUCCCCAAGCCCUAAGUUCAGCUCAGCCAGUAAGUACGCCGCUCUGCUGAUGGCCGGAGACCAAGGAGACGAUGCAGAGUAGAGAAGAAGAAGAGACACGAAGGCGGGUGAAGAAGAAGAAGAAGAAGAGGAGAUGAAGACGACCGCGGAAAAAAAUAAUCUCACAUGGUUUAUGAAAAAAAAACUCCUCACACGGAAGAGGCUCCUGGGAGGACAUCACUCACUCCCUCCUUCCUUUCCUCCUCCAAAUCUGUCCUUUUUUCUUUAAAACUCCCCCCCACACACUCUCUCUCCCCUCCCCCUUCAGGACUAUUCAGCUUCUUAAGAAUAGUCGCAUACUGGACUUGUUUUUAAAAUGGAAAAAGAAGUAGCUGACACAUGAAAAAGUGAUGGAUAACAUUGAAUUAAUUGUAAUAAAUAAAUGGAAAAAGUGGGGAAGAAAUAAAUUUGUAUGUUUGUGGUUCAGACGUGGAACCGGCUCCUCAUGUACGGCUUCAAGUAAAUUAUGAGUUAUUUUAAAUCGAUGAAUCAAAUUCUAUUGAGUAUCCCGUCUUCCACGACUUUAGGCCAUGUGAUGUGUGCAGCAUGUAGCGUAGACGGACCCGCAUGCUGAACAGAACCAGGACCGGACCGCCGGGUCAGCAGCCACUGGGUGAGCCACGCUAAUUUGGGGGAAGUCGUGAGUCGCCUGUGUGAGGGUUUCUAUGAUCAUGUCUUCCAAUAAAUUGGGGUCAUUAUGUGCGUUGA